AAGACGCGGCAAAGCGACCGCGAUCUUCCGUGAUGAGAUGGAUGCAAAUUCAGCCUCGUCGUCGUUAAACAACAGCGUACUCGAAGUCCUGCACAAGGGAAGGAUCACUGUUGAAUUGGUCCAAUCGGCGAAAGUCAAGAUCACCCGCGAUGUCUACGAGGCUCUGAAGGCCACGAUUGACGAGAGGGUGCAGGUCUGGAAAGAUGAUCACUUAUCUUUCCGUACGUACAUGCAUCCCACGCAACCGUUUGUGACCCUGAAACUCGAGGGUGGCCAAGGUAGGGUUUUCGCCGACGCCUGCAGAACUCUCCACGAUAUCACGAGUGGAAUCGUCCUCAAGAGCGGUGGUCAGACUCUUUGGCAUCCAGCCCUUAGCGGCAACGGAACGACCUACCAGAUUAUCCUUGCGAUCGCAGAGACUCUGGAAGUGGUCAUUAACAGGGACAAGUCAGAACGCCAACUCAAAUACUACGGACCAGCCAAUAAGAUGCACGAAGCAAUCAAUCACAUCAGUCGCGUCUGCAGUGCUCGCAACUUUGACGAAUACCAGAUCGAUCUUGAUCGCCACCUGCAGCAGUCAACGUGGGGGACGCGGGCCCGCAUUGGGACGGUAGCGAAUGAGCUUGGCGACCACGCCGUUGUCGUCGAUGAACUAUCGCGUAGCAUAGUGAUACGCGGCACGGUGGAGGACUAUCAUAGAGCCCUGGAUAUUUUGGAGGGCAGAUUUAAUCGUCCGGACGAUGAUUCAGAUGAUCGGCUCGACCUCAGCGAUUGCCCCAUAUGUUUUGAACCAGCCUACAACCCGAUUACAGUAUCAUGUUCUCACAGCUACUGCCUCGACUGUUUCGAGGGACACUGCCAGGCAGCGGCGUCGAACAGCAAUGGUGCCUUCCGAGUCGGGUGCUAUGGUGCCGACGGAAAAUGCCCUGCCAUUUUCAAGCUGAAGGAGUUGAAGGGCCACUUGACCUCCCGGGCCUUCGAGCAACUCCUUCAAAGCUCCUUCAAGGAGUAUGUCAAGAGACGUCCUGGCGAAUUCCGUUACUGCCCGCAGCCGGAUUGUGACUCCGUGUACCGGAGCCCCGAUCCCAACAAGCCAUCCACAGGUUCCUACACAUGUAGGAAAUGCUUCGAGCGUCUCUGCACACUAUGCAACGCCGAGCACGGUGGGGAUACCUGCGAGGAAUACCAGGACAAGGUCACGAGGGGUAGAGAGGCACUUUCAAGCGUGAAGACACAAUUGGACAUUCGUGACUGUCCAAGGUGUCGGACUCCAAUCGAGAAAAGGGAUGGGUGCAAUCACAUGCAAUGUGCAGGUUGCAGCAUACACAUCUGCUGGCAGUGCAUGGCGUUAUUUGAAGAACAAAGGCCUUGUUAUGACCACUUAGUAAAGGAACAUGGUGGUUGGGCAGGAGAUCAGAACGCCCCUGAAGGUGACGACGCUGACGAUGAAGAUGACGAUGAGGUCGAAGAUGACGAUGAGGUCGAAGAUGACGAUGAGGUUGAAGAUCUUAUCGAUCUGGAAGACUUUGAUGCAAUUGCACACUUCCAGACCCUUAUCAAUAAUAAUUAUCAGAUCGGCAACCAAAUGGAUCUCGAUCACCCCGACGAUCACAUCGACGCCUAAGCCAAUCAGUCAUCCACACACCUGAAAAGAGACAUACGACUGAGCUAUCCAGCAUCGAGUCGAACAAAUAAACCAAUUGGAGGAUUCAUCGCGAGAAAUUGUUUUGACGGCGUAAAGCACAUACUUCAUACACACAUAUAUUAUUCAAAAAGAGAGGGCGGAAAGAGCAAUCGUGUAUUUCGUGAUUCAUACAUCGCCUACCGGGUAUAGAGAAGGUUAGGCAAAC